GAUGUGGCCGGCCGGCGUGUAAACACUUGGAGCAGCAGCGGCCGCGGCCGCCCCGGCCCGGGGCAGUGAGCAAGCCAGCCGAGACCUUCCCGCCGCUGCCAUGGCCGAAGUGCGCAAAUUCACCAAGCGGCUCAGCAAGCCCGGCACGGCGGCCGAGCUCCGACAGAGCGUGUCGGAGGCCGUGCGGGGCUCCGUAGUGCUGGAAAAGACCAAAGUUGUUGAGCCCUUGGACUAUGAGAAUGUUAUCGCCCAAAGAAAAACCCAGAUUUACAGCGACCCCCUCCGAGAUCUGCUUAUGUUUCCAAUGGAAGAUAUAUCUAUCUCGGUGAUAAGUCGUCAACGCAGAACGGUGCAGUCCACUGUACCAGAAGAUGGUGAGAAGAGGGCCCAGAGUUUGUUUGUCAAAGAGUGUAUUAAAACUUAUAGCACAGAUUGGCAUGUGGUAAACUACAAGUAUGAAGACUUCUCUGGGGACUUUCGAAUGUUGCCAUGCAAAUCUCUGCGACCGGAAAAGAUUCCCAAUCAUGUAUUUGAGAUUGAUGAGGACUGUGAGAAGGAUGAGGAUUCCUCAUCUUUAUGUUCUCAGAAGGGCGGUGUGAUAAAACAAGGCUGGUUGCAUAAAGCCAAUGUAAAUAGCACCAUCACGGUUACCAUGAAGGUGUUCAAGAGACGGUAUUUUUACUUAACUCAGCUUCCUGAUGGUUCGUAUAUUCUCAAUUCCUAUAAAGAUGAGAAAAAUUCAAAAGAAUCUAAAGGUUGCAUCUACUUGGACGCCUGCAUUGAUGUUGUUCAGUGCCCCAAAAUGCGCCGUCAUGCUUUCGAACUCAAGAUGUUAGAUAAGUAUAGCCAUUAUCUGGCUGCUGAAACUGAGCAGGAAAUGGAGGAAUGGUUGAUAACUUUGAAAAAGAUUAUUCAGAUCAAUACCGACAGUUUAGUGCAAGAGAAAAAGGAGACGGUAGAGACAGCACAAGAUGAUGAAACUAGCAGCCAAGGAAAAGCCGAGAACAUCAUGGCCAGUUUGGAACGGAGCAUGCAUCCGGAACUGAUGAAGUAUGGAAGAGAAACUGAACAGCUGAACAAACUCAGUAGAGGAGAUGGAAGACAGAACCUCUUUUCUUUUGACUCGGAAGUUCAGAGGUUGGACUUUUCCGGAAUUGAACCUGAUAUAAAGCCAUUUGAGGAAAAGUGCAAUAAACGUUUCCUGGUAAAUUGCCAUGAUUUAACGUUCAAUAUCCUGGGUCAAGUUGGAGACAAUGCAAAAGGACCACCCACAAACGUUGAACCCUUUUUUAUAAAUCUUGCCUUAUUUGAUGUGAAGAACAAUUGUAAGAUUUCAGCUGACUUCCACGUAGACCUGAAUCCCGCAUCUGUCCGUGAAAUGCUGUGGAGCCCUUCAACCCAACUGGCUAGUGAUGGAAACUCAAGAGGUUCUUCACCGGAGUCUUUCAUUCAUGGAAUUGCUGAAUCUCAGUUACGCUACAUAAGGCAGGGAAUUUUCUCAGUGACGAAUCCACAUCCUGAAAUUUUCCUGGUCGCGAGAAUUGAAAAGGUGCUCCAGGGAAACAUCACGCACUGUGCGGAACCCUACAUCAAAAAUUCCGACCCGGCAAAGACAGCCCAGAAGGUGCACAGGACAGCUAAGCAAGUGUGUAGCCGCCUUGGACAAUACAGAAUGCCCUUUGCUUGGGCUGCCAGACCCAUUUUCAAAGAUGUUCAAGGUUCUCUGGACCUGGAUGGGAGAUUUUCUCCUUUGUAUAAACAAGACAGUAGCAAGCUUUCAAACGAAGACAUUCUCAAGUUGCUCUCAGAAUACAAGAAGCCAGAGAAGACCAAAUUGCAGAUUAUUCCUGGGCAGCUAAACAUCACAGUAGAAUGCGUUCCUGUGGAUUUAUCAAACUGUAUUACGUCUUCAUAUGUGCCCCUGAAGCCUUUUGAAAAGAAUUGUCAAAAUAUUACUGUGGAAGUUGAAGAGUUUGUGCCAGAAAUGACAAAAUAUUGUUAUCCAUUUACCGUUUACAAAAACCAUCUAUAUGUAUACCCCUUGCAGUUAAAAUACGAUAGCCAGAAAACAUUUGCCAAGGCAAGGAACAUCGCGGUCUGUGUGGAAUUCCGGGAUUCGGAUGAAAGCGACGCUAGCGCUGUAAAGUGUAUUUAUGGAAAACCUGCGGGGCCUGUUUUUACCACAAACGCUUAUGCUGUUGUAUCGCAUCACAACCAAAAUCCAGAGUUCUAUGAUGAGAUUAAAAUUGAGCUUCCCAUUCACCUGCAUCAAAAACAUCAUUUGCUUUUCACUUUUUAUCAUGUAAGCUGUGAAAUUAACACAAAGGGAACAACCAAAAAGCAGGAUACAGUUGAAACUCCAGGUACGUGUGCUCUUUAAAUGCCUCUCUCUAGA